GGGAUGGAUCGAGUGGCUAAAUACGUCGAUCGAUAAAAUUUAAAUACGCGCGUCGCGCGCUAAAGUAAUUCCGUAGCGCUGCGCUUUGAAGAUAAGUGGAGUCGGUUAGUCAUACGGCGACUGAAAUCGAGCGAGUAAAAUACAGGUGCGCGACUCGAUUGUGCGUGUACGCGCACACGAAGCCAGCGUCAGUCAAUCGUCGCCCGGGAAGCGUUUGGUGUACAGGAGUCGAAUUAAAGGAGCUAAUGUAUCGAGUGCCGGGAGUAUCGAUCGCCAAGGAAGACGAGCGAAGAACCGAGGAGCGUUAGAUUGACGAAAGCGAGCCGAUGGUCAUAUCCGUGGGAGGGAGAGAUGAGUACGACGGACGAACGGGCUGUCUGAGCGCGACCAAAGCAACGAAGUAAUGGCAUUCCGAAUAUUGAAGAAUUUCGUAGUUCGAUAUAGGAGUUGGAUCGCCCAGCAGCAGGCCGGAAGCAGAAUGGCGCAGAUGGGUGAGAGGACGCCCCUCGUCGACGCGACGAUCAGCCUGACGACCAGGACGGCCUACGCCCUAGGACACGUUUUCAACGACCUCACCGCGGCCAUGUGGUUCUCCUACACGCUGCUCUUUCUCCAGCGAGUGGCGCUACUCGAGCCCCUCACGGCCGGAUGUUUCCUGCUCCUAGGCCAAGUGAUCGACGCACUCAUGACACCGGUCUUUGGAGUCCUGGUGGACAAGUACUCGAAGAAGAAGACGUGGCACGUAGUCGGCUCGAUCAUGGUCAUUUUCUCCUUCCCUCCGAUAUUCGGGAGUUUCGUAAGGAACACGAGAAGCGCCGUCUCAAUGUUCGUCUACGUUCUCAGCAUCACGAUCUUCCAGACCGGCUGGGCCGCCGUCCAGAUAUCUCACCUAUCCAUGAUACCCGCCCUCACGAGCUCGUCCAUCCUCAGGACCGAGCUCACGGCUAUACGGUAUUCGGCUCAAGUGGGUGCAGCGGUUAUCGUCUUCAUCGUAACGUGGAUCGUCCUGCCGAGCAGCGAGGAGUCAGGUGUGCGCCUCGGACCCACCGACAGCUUCAAAUUUCGCAACAUCGUGGUGGUGCUGAGCCUCCUAGGCGCCGUGGCGACCAUCCUCUUCCACGUCUUCCUGAACGCGCGCCUCCUGGAGGUCAGCGACUCGAGUGCGUCCGCGAAGCCGGGCGGCGUGGAGGCAGCAUCGAGAGCACCGGACGCCAACCGACACAAAUACUGGUUCGGUAACAGUCUCCUCGCCCGGGUGGCGAUGCUCUACGUCGCCAGCCGGCUCUUCAACACCCUCGCCACGGUCUAUCUACCGCUCUACAUCGAGGAGACGGCGGUCGGCGGGAGGCAGGCGCUCGCGACAGUGCCACUCGCCUCCUACAUCGCCUCCUUCGUCGCGGCGCUGCUCCUCAAGUACAUGAACGAAUCCUGCGGCACGAAGGUCUGUUACCUGCUGGGCAGCCUGAUCGGCAUACUCGCAGCGGCAAUUGUGGAAUUCGCCGGAAGUAGCGAGGCGGUAAUGUACUCAGUAGCCGUCUUGAUCGGAGCCGGAAGUUCAAUUACCAUGGUCACGGCGCUGAGCAUAACAGCAGAACUUAUCGGGCCGAGGACUGAGAGCAGCGCACUUGUUUACUCGAUCGUGACGUUCUUGGAUAAGGUCGUGACGGGCCUCGUCGUUAUCGUCAUCGAGAAAUGGAGAUGCAUCGACAAGGAGCUCUGCCCGACAUACAAUCGCGACACGCUGGCACUGGUGUGCGCAACGUCCAUGGCCCUCGGACUCGUCACGCUGUCCUUCGUGUCGCGAUGCAUCUCCAAUUGACCAGCUAAUUUCAACGUCUGUAAUGCGGGCGCGCGCCGAUUAUCAAUCAGGGCCACCCGCGCUACUGCGAAUGCUCGCGUCACCUCCUCCAUUAUCUCAUUUACCUCUGUAUCAAGUUGUCUAUUACUUUCUAUAUUUGUGUAAGAAUGUCAAUCAGAGGCCAAUAAAUCACGCUCUAAAAGCUUCUCGAUAUUCCCUCUCCUGACUCUCGCGUGUCUUUAUCGUCUAACAAUUGCGAUAACAAUUUUCUUUAAUAGUCCGUCGCUUCAGUUG